AUGGCGGCGUGCUUCAAACCCGGGCUGAAAAACCAGUGGGAUUACAGAGAAAUCGUUCUCCACCAGCAGCCGGAGAACCCAGGCACCUGCAAAAAUGGGAGUGGGAACGGGAACGUAGGAGAUGGCAGCACCAACCUGGAGAGCAUCACCUCGGAACUGAGGAAACGUCUCUGCUCGUCAAAGCUGCAAGAGGGUGAGGGGUGCAAGCUCUGCCCCGUGGGCUGGACACUGCACAGGACCAAGUGCUAUUGGGUUGCCAACGGGGUCAAGCCUUGGAGCGAGAGCCGGGAGGACUGUGUGAAUCGGAGUGCCGAGCUGCUGAUGCUGGGGGACCAGGCUGAGCUGGGUUUUGUAAAGGAAAUGGUACAGAAACCCAGCAGCUACUUCCGGAUCGGCCUCUCCAACACCUCUCCUGAGAAAGGCUGGACCUGGCUGAACGGCUCCCGUUGGGGAGGGAUGGGUGUCGGGGUGGGCACCCCCGCCGUCACCCGAGGGAGCCUCGUGCCGUGGCGUUUUAACCUCAAGUGCAUUAAAGAUAAAAAGGUCCCCAUCGGGGUCACCGUGGUCGUAGCAGCGUUGCUUCUCGCCAUCAUCGCGCUGGCAGCCGCUCCCAUCCUUCCCAGCUGCCUGGAAAACGGGAUCGGGUACAGGGAGAAAUGCUUUUACUUUGUGGAGGAUGAAGCGGACUGGAACAGGAGUCAGAUCUCUUGCCUUUCUCUCGGAGCCCAUUUGGCCACCAUCGACACCCAGGAGGAGCUGCGUUUCCUCUUGCGCUAUGGGAGUUCUUUGCGCUACUGGGUCGGUCUCCGAAGGGAAGGCUCUGGACCUUGGAAAUGGUUCAACGGGUCUCUCUUCAACAACCCGUUCGAUGUCCGGGGCAAGGGACAAUGUGCCUAUAUCAGCGUUGACGGGAUCAGCAGCGACUGGUGCUUCCAGAUGAAAUACUCUGUCUGCAGCCACCCGCAAAAGCGCCCCAGUGGGAUUCCGAAGGAUUCAGAAAUCCCUCUGAAUUUCACCUGA